CAAAUCCGUGUUAACGCGCGUCGCCUUUGUAGCUCACUCUGGAAGCAAUCUGUAAAGGUUGCUAAGCUAACCUUACUAAUUGUCCUAUUUGACGCAAAAUGGCAACCAGGAAACCUAAGCAAAGUGAUGCUAGCCUUCCUUUUGCUGCACUCCAGCUGCUGGCCCCGCCUGUGCGUCUGGUGUCCGCAGCCCUCUGGAAAGUGAUGAAGCAGAGGGAUGUGAUGCAGUACGGGGUCGUGGAGGAGUUUGUGACCUCAGCUUGUGAGACCGUCCCUGGACUGCUCACCUUAAGACAUCAGGGCAAACUGGCGCUGGGACUGAGAGCACGGUUAAUCUUGGAGCUGUGCCACACACAAUCGGAUGCGAAGGUGAUUGAGACGCACCUGAAAAGGAUCCGUGCACCUGCCCCUCCUUCACACUCCUCAGCUCCUACCGUGAAGAAGGAUUUGAAAAUUAUGAACACAGUCGAACGUUUCCAUGCAAUGGUUCACGCGCUGCUAACAGACCCUGCAGAGAGAGAACAGUUCUUCAAGGAGGAGUUUCCUGUGGAUUAUGGUCCCACGUUUGACCAGGAACUGGAGAAGCUGCUGUGGGAGUUUCUAAUUCGACUGGACCAGCUGCUCCCUGUUCCCAAUUUAGCUCAGACUGUGUCGUGGCUCAGUGAUGCCCCCCCUGUCCUGGAGGAGUGUGCACGAGCAGCCACCCAACCCCAGCUCCUGGAGAUUUUGCUUAAGCAUCAAACUUGUCUAGGUCACCUGGAGACAGCAGCAUCACUCCCUCCAAACAUGGGAGACUCCAUCCUAACUUCACUCUCUCUGCCGCCCUCUGGAAGAGUCCCUUCAAAUCAACCAACGGGACCCAGAAAGUCUUUUGCGGAUGAGUCUAAUGGCACACAGACAAAAGACAAAACACCAUUUAUUACACCUGUUAUUGGACUAAUAUCUAAUGACGAUGUUCCAUUUUUGAAACAUCGUAAAGAGCUGGCCAGCUCAAAAGGAGCAACAAGUGUGAACUUUUACUCAAAGCAGAACUCAAAAUUCACGUCUCUUAAACCGAAGCAAAAGUCCAAAGAUGACGGAGAGAAAGAGGGUAGCGAGGAGGAGAGGAACUCCCCUGAAAGAAGCAGUGGAGUGAAACGCAAACAACCUGACGGAAGAGAGAGCGCGUCUGAAGAAGAGGAGGAAGUGUUAUGUAUAAGAACACCUGUGAAAAUGAGACUGAGCGGAAAUUUGAGGUUUGGUGGAAGUGUCCAGAGAGGAAACGACGAGAGUGAAAAAGAUGAGGCGUGUAACACAACAGUCCUGGAAACCCGUAUGAAGCAGCUGGGCGUCGGAACGCUGCACCUACCCGAAGAUCCAUCCCUGCACUCCAUUUUCGUCUCGUGUCUCAACAGCGAGCCUAAAGUUAUUAUCGAAAAACUGUCAGUGACUCCUGCCGGCGUUAAGGUGACCGAUCGAGGAGGACGUUCUUCAUACAAGAAUCGGCAGCAUCAGAGGAAGAAAUCACCCGUCAAAGCCUCCACACAUAAAAGCAACCAACCUCAAAAGCUUGACUCAGACUUUCCUGGCUUGGAUGAUAAAGAAAAUCGGCCCAUAUUACCGAGUCUAAGCAGCUCCUCCUCUCACCAGCGGAGUCACACAGAGACGUCGGUGCCACCAGGUGACGGUGAAGAUUACGUGGCUGAUUCUGAAGAUGAGGCGACAAAGAACUUCAAAGGCAGACUGUUUGUGAAGCGCUACUACAAAACCAAACACGGCACUUAUGUACCAACUCUGAGGGAGUACUGGAAACCCGGGAUGACACGGCGGGAUUUGUCUCCUCGCACUAAACGCAGAUGAUGACACGGAUCUUCGAUGCUAGGUUCAGUG